ACAAACUACGGAAUUGUCAGACUUGUCAUUGACCAGUGACCGCUGUCUAGUCACGUCAGAACUCUGAACUCAAAUCGCUGAGAAAUGACAAUCUGAUUUCUGACAUUCUGUCUGAAAAUUAAACAGCUGACGAAACAAAAAGUACAUAAUGUACUUUAUUGUUUAUAUUUAAAAAAAUAUAAUAAAUAUUGCAAAGUUUAUCCUUAGAUAUACGAUUAGGUUAGGAUUACAAUACAAUAAACAAUUAGCUAUUUAAUAAAAUCUACUAGGCAAAAUGAAUUAUCGAAAUAUAUAUCGCCUAUUUAAUAAACGAGUUAUUUUGUCAUCGAUAUGUAAACGAACCAAGGGUUAUGUCGUUGUGAAAAGACCAGAUCCAAAAACUCUCAAAAUGCCCACAUUAACAGAGGCACCUAGUAUUCUAGAUAUAAUAAAAGAAAAAGUUCGCCUUAACGGUCCUAUUACAGUAGCUGAAUAUAUGCAUAUCGUGAUAACGAACCCUACAGAAGGAUAUUACAUGAAAAAAGAUGUAAUUGGACAGCAAGGUGACUUUGUCACCUCUCCUGAAAUUAGUCAAUUAUUUGGCGAGGUCUUAGCUAUCUGGUUCUUCUCGGAAACACGCAAGAUGGGACCGGGAAAGCCACUACAAAUUGUUGAAUUAGGUCCAGGCAAUGGCACAUUGAUGAUUGAUGUCUUAAGGGUUUUAAAUAAAUUGAAGUACAAGCCAAAUGAAUUUAGUAUUCAUCUUGUGGAAAUAUCUUCUACAAUGCAGUUGUUACAAGCAAAUAAAUUGUGUGCAAGCCAUAAGGAAAGUGAUAUUGAAUUACCUUAUAAUAGAGAGGGUGUAACUGUAAGUGGAAUAAAAGUCUAUUGGUAUAAUGAUCUAAAAAAGGUUCCACAGAAUUUCUCUUGGUACAUAGCACAUGAAUUUUUUGAUGUUUUGCCUAUACACAAAUUUGAGAAAACUGAAAAAGGGUGGAGGGAAAUACUUAUUGAUUUGGAUGAAAAUCAAAAGCUGUACUAUAGAAUAUCAGCAGAAGAAACACCAAGUGUUAAGAUGCUCAUCCGUCCUCCACUGAAUGGUGGAGAUAGAAUGGAUCUAGAGAUUAGCCCCAGAGCUCUGGGUAUUGGAAGGCAGUUAGCCCAGAGAGUUGAUGAAUUUGGAGGAUUAGCCUUAAUAGCUGAUUAUGGACACGAAGGAGAGAAAGGAGAUACUUUUAGGGCUUUCCACCAACAUAAAUUAGUGGACCCAUUAGAGAACCCAGGUGUGUCAGAUCUCACUGCUGAUGUAGAUUUCAGUCAAUUACGAGUAGCAGCAUCUAUGACACCUGGGAAUGAUAACUAUGCUAUUGUACUUGGACCAGUCAAACAGAAAGACUUCUUGGAAAGAAUGCAGGCCAAGGUUCGGUUAGAGGUCCUACUUACAAAUAUAAAAAAUGAAGAAGAUAAAGAAAAAUUAAUGGCUGCCUAUAAUAUGUUGGUUGAUCCGCAGAAAAUGGGAGAGAGAUUUAAAUUUAUGGCAUUCUACCCUUCUUCAAUGGGGGAGAUCUUAGAAAAACAUCCACCUGUAGGAUUUGCUAAUCUUGAUGCUAGUAGCGAAUAGGAUGUAAUACGUAGUAAUUGUUACUAUUGCAAUAAAAAUUCUUAUUUUGUUUAAUAAAUUUGACCAAUAACAUCAGUGAAACCUGAA